AGUCUCGUCAAGUCCGCUAGAAUAUUAGCCAUGUGCGUCGCGCGUCGCUUUGGAAUAAAAUAUAUCACGCGUUUAUCUCGCACUCGUUUCUCUGCCAUGGUAAUUUAAACGCCGGCGAAUAGAUAAAGCGCUAAACGUUUCUCGGGUAUGUGCAACAAGUUUGUGAAGUGUUUUUCCGACGGAUGGAUUUAACGCGCUAUUGCUAGUUGGAUUUAAUCCGAACGCUGCAUAAAUUUUACAAGUCCACGUAGUGUUUGCGCGCUCGGCGAAAUUUAUCGUUAGAUGCUUGUUGCGCGACCGAGAUACCUCUCGCCACUUAACGUCUGAAAUGAUAGCGGGGAGAGAAAUAACGGAUGCAUUCGGAUUGCACGCGGAUGCUAUUAUUCGAUUUUUCGCCCGAAGCGCCUGACCGAAUUCGCGCAAAUCAGAAAUGUCUCUCAAGUUUCGUCAUUGUGCAUUGUUUCGAAAAUAAUUCCGCGGGCGCGGUUCUAUUCCUGACGAAUUGUUCGACGCAUCAUUUUUCAGAGUUUUGCAAUAGAGUUUCGUUGUUGUAAAAUCGUCGAUAUCUCGGCGUGCGGUUCUCACGCGGUACAGAUAUGCGCGAUGUCGUCGCGACGGCACGGGUGACGACUUUUGCGCCCAUCGCGUCGCGGCUUGGCUCGAACGCGGCUCAGCUCGAUGGUGGGAGCGGCGCACCCACACGCGCGGCAUCGUCUCGUACACCUCUCGGAAUCGCCGAGCGGACAGCACAGCGAUUCGCUACAUCCGAUACACCCACCGUGCGCGCGAGAUCCGUGGCAACACGCCGGACGACACGAUUAACCCCAGCGAGAGUCGUCGACGGGACCGACGAUCCCCAUAAAAGAGACGGACCCAACCGGCCUGCGGACAGUUGUCAACGCCAGGCCUGCCGGAAGCGAGUGCCUUGGAGUGCCGCCGAUCGGUCGAACCGAUCCACUCGAGAGCUGUUAUUUUUGCGUUGUAUUCCACGGCGCGUGGAGAUAAGGAGUUUGGUUAUCGCCGCGAUAAUCGUAGAUCUUUUCUAUUUUUUUUUUUUUCUCUUCACGACAGAGGAGAAUCGGUCGUUUCGCCGGGAGCGCGGUAUAGCACGUGGCUGGGAACUAUUCUAAGAGAGGAGCGCGAGAGCGCGACCGCCAGACAGAGCGACGCUUCCGUUGGCAGAGAGACGUCGGGUGUCGAGCUCGUGUAUCUCUUCCGCGCGGGAGGAGAGGAAUACGGGAAGGGGUACGAAAGUGGAAAAGCGUUUUAUAUUAGGCGUGGCGUGCGCGCGGGCGAGCGCGUGCGAUCAUCGGAAUUCGAGGAGCGCGGCUUUUGCGCUGAAACUCGGUCGCCGGCGGCGGCCCAGCCUGCACACGCGGUUUCCGCGAUCUCGCAAUCGCGAUCACUCUCGCGAUCUCGAGGAGGACACGAGCGGAGUCGCGACGACGCGGCAGCGCUCGCGCGCGGGAGGACCACUACCUCCUUCUCCUCCUACCGAAGAAGCAGAGAGGAGUUGACCAGACGCGGCUCGCGGUCAGUCAGUCAGUCAGUCGGACGUUUGCUAUCCGAUACGGUUAAGCGAGGCGCGCAUUCGCGUUGGAAUCGGCGGUCGCAUCAUCGGUGUGCCGUGUGUCAGAUGCGCACCGGCGUCACUUGGCGCAAGGGAGAGGUAGGCGAGGGUACAGCCGGGAGGUAAAGAGAAUAACAGAGACGUAGUACACGAGUCGGCGCGAGAGGUACGGAGGAGAGGGCGAGAAACAAGACGACGAGGACGACGAAGAGAAGUGCGGUCGGAAGGAGAAGAGCGUGGCGAGGAGCGGCGCGAGAGGGAGAAAGAAAGAGAGGAGAGACGAACGAGGAGCCGACGGCGACGAAGCCCCGCUGCUUUACUUCGCCGUGUCUCCUCGUCUCGGGGGCACUCGGUGUACACGGCAAGAGCGUGUUACCUACCACCUUAUAAAACGUGCUGUACCGCAGUAUCGCGCUCUCGUAGGCCGGCACGGAAGAGGAGAGAAGGCGCGAGAGGAGCGUUGAGCGAAUCGAAAGAUCUCGCGCGCAGUAGCGACGGCCGGCGGCGGCGGAGUUGCGCGAGAGCGGCGGCGGCGAGGUGCUUUCUCGCAGUUCGCUUCGCUUCGUUCCCUCGUGCGAGCGCGAGGUGCGCGAGGUGCGCGCGUGCGACACAGCGAGCGGUAAUGCGGAAAGUUCGCGAGAAGAUCGCCCUCAUACUUUCGCGGAUCGUCUCCACGCGACGCGCCGUUCGAGAUUAGAAGGCGUCCGUGCACGCCGCUGCGAGAUACGAAUUUUCAAAAGCACUUUUACCCGCGCCGACGGAAGCGGAGCGGGCAAUCGGUUACGCAGUGUUGAGAUAGUGCAGAAGGUUUUGUGUAGUGAACGGUCGUUAAUAGACCAGUGCCGCGGCUUCGACGACAACGACGACGACGACGACGACGACGACGACGACGGGAGACGGAGACGGAGAAGAAGGAGAGGGAGCGAGAGAGGUGGAAAACGCGCUAUAUGCGUAAGGCACCAGCGACGAGUGCCAGGAACGAGCGCGAGAGAGUAACCGGCUGAUAAACCGGCGAAAGAGAGGAGAGGAGAGAAGAAAGAGAAAAGGAUUGUCCGCGCGAGAGACCGAGAGUCGCCGACAAGAUGCGUCUUCACGGCGGUUUGAUGCUGCCGAUCCUAUUCAUCGUCGCUUCCUGCCCUUUGACGCUGUACGCGCGGAAGGUCGCACCCUUGAUAGAGGACGACUGGGCGAGGAGACCACACCGGGCGGCCGAAUGCAUCUUUGGCAAGCAGAUCCGCGAACUCGGCACGACAUGGUUUGCGGAUUUGGGACCGCCUUUCGGAGUCAUGUAUUGCAUCAAGUGCGAGUGCAUACCGGUGCAAAAGAAACGGCGCAUCAUCGCGAGAGUUCAAUGCCGCAACAUCAAGAACGAAUGCCCGAAACUCACGUGCGACGAACCAGUUCUGAUCCCGGGUCGAUGCUGCAAAUCUUGUCCCGGUGAUUUCAACACGGACAUAGUGCAGGAUCUGCCGGCGCAGUUGACUUCGGAGGAGGAGGAGCGCAGCCUGAAACAUUUCGGCACCCUGUUGACCGGCAAGACGACGCAAUCGCUACGUCGCGACGAUCCGAAUCCGACGUCGGUGUACAACAGCGCGUACAACUACUUGGCGACCGGUCGCUUCACCUUCCACCGCAAGAAUCUUUAUUAUUCGUUCCAUCUGUCCGCGUCGACGCCGCGGCCGCACAGCAUACAGUUCGUCGACGGUUCCGGUAGUAUUUUGGAGGAGCAGACGAUCGAUCCGAUCGGCGGCGCUUACCAGAACGCCACCGGCAAGCUGUGCGGUGUGUGGCGACGCGUGCCGCGCGAUUAUCGGAAGCUGCUGCGCGAGGAACGCCUGCACGUGUCCUUCCUCUGGGAGCCGUCGUCGAGCCUGUCCGGCCAGCUGUACCGGUACCGCGCGCUGUCGACCGAGCAGUUUUCUUCGCUACUGGAGCCGACGAUGGGCGUGGACCGGUCGUUGAUGUCCGGCGCGGGCGCGACCGCGAUCGUCUCCGCAUCGUCGACCUCGGCCCCGUCGAUCCACGUGUCGCUCGUCUUCAACGGCCUCUUCCUGCCGAACGACGUGGCCGAUAUUCCGUUGGUCGUCCAGCUGGAGCAUCAGGAGAAAGAUUACAUAGUUCUGCAUGAGGAGAUAAUAGUGCGCAAGCCGUCGAACGAGCUGAAUUUCGGCGAAGUCCGCAGCGCGCUCUCCGGCGCCGAUUUGCGUCUGUUGACUCGAGGCAAGCUGUCGAUCAGCAUAAUGUCGCGCAAGGAUCCGCAGGCCCUUCGACUCACCGGCGCAGUCGGUCCGCGCGCGACCUGCGACAUGUAUCAAACGCUGCUUCUGUCGGAGUCGCCGUCCGUGGCGUCCGGACUGGCCUGGGCCUAUCUGGAUCGCAUUGGCGCGCUGCACUACGGAGUUCAGCUGAUAGGGCUCGAGGAGGAGAGCCCGCUCGUAACGCUGGUGGACGAGGGCGGCAAACGGCGGAUGGAACUCGAAGAUUUGACGCCUUCGUUGGUCGACGGCUUCGCGAACGGUUCCCUCGACCGGCCCGGACCGCGACUCCUGCAGCCGCUCUUCAACGAGGAGCUCUCCGUGGUCGCCGCGAGCCAUCUUGGCUCCAUUCUGCGCGGCAGACUUCUCGGCAGACCCGUCGCGGACGCCAGAGACACCGCCGCGCCCGUGCUGCUGCGUAGAUUGACUCAGCAGCAGUUAAGUCCCGGACCGGUCGGUCUCAUAUGGACAGCGGUGGAUCUAGACUGCUCGCUGCACUACGAGCUGGAGCUCGCGGGCUUCCCGCCUUCCGCGCAGGAACCGCGAACGUUCCGUUUGUACCUGGAGACGAUGCCUCUGCUGGCGCAGGGAGCUCCCGUCGCCAGAAGGCUUCUGGAGGAAUUUACGGGAUACUCCUUGGAGGGUUCCGUCACCGGACUCACGCCGAUCGAGCUCUACAGGAUCGAGUCGGGCAUCGGAUUCCUGGAAGUGACGGACAAGCAAGCCAGUUAUAUUCUCAAGGCGCCGUUCAAGACACGGGCGCCGUUCAGCUGCCUGCCGCACUACGCCGACAACGACGUCGCCUCCGUGGUGGCGUACAAUCUGCAGCCGCCCAGAUCGGAUAUCGAGACCGGCGCGUGCUUCCACGAAAUCAGGUUCUACGAGGAGGGCACGCAGUGGACGUCGAGCGCGGAUCCGUGCUCGAUGUGCCAUUGCUAUCGCGGCUUGGCGCAAUGCGACACGGUGCCCUGUCCGACGGUCUCCUGCGCGCCGGGAAAACAGCUGAGGCAGCCGCCAGCCGGUCAUUGCUGUCCGAUUUGCGUUGCGCUGGCGACCGAAACUAACGCAACAAUCAAGAGCAACAUCACGAGAGGCUGUACACUGGCCGGACAAUAUCAUCUGGCAGGAUCGUCCUGGCAUCCGUACCUGCCACCGGUGGGAUUCGAUACUUGUGCAGUUUGCACUUGUGACGCUGUCACGCUGGAGGUGAAAUGUCCGCGGGUGCAGUGCCCGCCGCUCGAGUGCGACGAGAAGGUCGCCUUCAGGCCGGACAAGAAGGCCUGCUGCAAGCAAUGCCCGGCGACGACGCCUCGCAGCAACGCGGCCACCACCGCUGCGAGCGAUACCGCGCACCUGCCGAGGGAUCAGGCCUUACCGCCGACGCGGCGCACCGCCGAGGAGAUACUGUCGUCCGGCGGCUGCAAGUCACCCCUCGGCACGGCCUACGAGAACGGCAUGGAAUGGCAUCCGCGAGUGCACUCGCACGGCGAGAUGAAGUGCGUGAAGUGCCGCUGCAAGAACGGCGAGGUCAGGUGCGACAGGAAACGCUGUCCACGGUCGCUCUGUAACUCGAUCGCGCAUCAGAUGAAGCGUGGCGAGUACGUGGCGGACGCCGAUGACUGUUGCACGGUGCAAUGCCGGCGCGCGCGACGCCACCAUCGCAACAAUCAUCAUCCGUCGUCGCGGCGCUCCGUGACGCCCCGCGAACUGAGCUGAGUCCGAUUUGUCCUGGGAAAGAAAAGUCUGCUCCGGUCUGCACGAGGAAGCUCGCCGUGAGCCGCACGCCGUGGUCAUCGUCGGAUGAUGACGGAACCAAGUCGAGGAUCGUUCGUUGCGAUCGCAUGCGCCCGCUACAUCUGUCGCGCGAUCGAGCGACUGCGAGUCUUGGAAACGAAACGAAAUCAAACGAAUGGCUGUACACGUGUGUAUCGAGAUCGUGGGAGCUGGACAGAUAUAUCCAAGGUGAGCCAAUUCAACAACGGGGGAAGGAAAGAAAAACAGAAUGAGACAAACGGAAAGAUCGA